CAUUUUUAGUUCUACAAUGCCGACGAAAGUCCCAGCCUCUUUGAAGGGAGUUCGCAAUUUGGCUAACAAGCUCUUCACGCCAAGCGAAAUCCGCCGCUUUGAUGCAUAUAGACGUCAAUUUAAUGACAAGUUUUUGAAUUUGGACACAUAUCGCACCACUCUGCGGGAAAAGGUAAAAUGGCUGAGCACACAAUAUUAUGCGGCAGCUAAAUAUAACGAUACCAGCGAUCCUUAUAAGCGUAUAAAGCCGCGUUGGCCAAAUAUGCUUGGAGCCCAGUAUAACCGAAAAUUUAGUGACCACAAUAAAGAGGGGGAUAAGGCUAAGAACUCAAAUGAAGAUGGUGGUGGGGAGCGGAAAUGGGAUGAGCCUGAGGGGGCCCCUUAUGAGCCCAGCAAAUCGCAUACCUGGUAUCCUGAUCCAGAAUUUUUGAAGCGGUACGCUGGAGCAAUGCUGUACCCCGUGGGUGAUCAGUGGAAGCAAAAGCCGCGUACUACCGACCGUGCUCGACCGCCUGAAAAUCGCUCAUUUCGCACCAAGUUUAUUAACUUUGGACCAGCACAUCCCGCUGCUCAUGGCGUACUCCGCAUGAUUCUCGAGUUGGACAAUGAGACAGUGUUGUCGGCCGAUCCGCACAUUGGGCUUUUGCAUCGCGGAACCGAGAAGUUGAUCGAAUACAAGACCUAUGUCCAGGCACUGCCCUACUUCGAUCGCCUAGACUAUGUCUCCUGCAUGGCAAACGAGCAGGCCUAUUGCCUGGCUGUGGAGAAGUUACUCAACAUUGAAGUGCCUCCUCGUGCCAAGUUCAUACGCACUAUGUUCGCGGAGCUAAUGCGGUUGACAAAUCAUACCAUGGCCGUUUCCUCGUCUAUGCUCGAUUGUGGUGCCAUUACACCGCUCUUUUGGCUCUUCGAAGAACGCGAGAAGCUGUACGAGUUUUCGGAGCGUGCAUCGGGGGCUCGUUUACAUGCCGCCUAUAUCAGACCUGGUGGAGUGGCCUAUGACCUACCGCUGGGUUUUUCUCAGGACCUACAUUCCUACAUCGGACAGUUGGGCGAGCGCUUGGAUGAGGUCGAAGAUGUGGUAACAGAUAAUCGCAUUUGGCGCAUGCGCAACAUUGGCAUUGGUCGCAUUUCGGCGCACGAUGCCCUCAACUGUGGCUGUACGGGUCCUGUCUUGCGCGCUACCGGUAUCAAGUGGGAUCUUCGCAAGCAACAGCCCUAUGAUGCCUAUGAUAAGAUCCAUUUCGAUGUGAUCGUUGGCGCGAAUGGAGACUGCUACGAUCGCUAUUUGGUGCGCAUUCGAGAAAUGCGCGAAUCAAUACGCAUAAUAGAACAAUGCCUGCAGCUCAUGCCCGAGGGCGAGGUUAAGGUAGACGAUCGAAAGAUAACCCCGCCACCGCGUCGUAAGAUGAAAUCGGGCAUGGAGGAUUUAAUACAUCAUUUUAAGCAUUUCUCGCAGGGCAUAUUCGUGCCGCCGGGUCAAACUUACUCCGCUGUCGAGUCACCCAAGGGCGAGUUCGGCGUCUACUUGGUUUCCGAUGGCACUUCACGUCCCUAUCGCUGCAAGAUACGCCCUGCCUCGUAUGCCCAUUUGGCGCUGCUCAGCAAAAUGGCCCCGCAGCACAUGCUGGCCGAUAUUGUCGCCAUUAUUGGAUCGUUGGACAUUGUUUUCGGUGAAAUCGAUCGUUAAGUCUCCAUAUUAACUUUUUACAGUUGUGCAAAUAUGUUGUUGCCACAAAUAUAAAUAU